CGUUCUCGCGAUGUUUAAAUAAAACUUUAUUGACAAUCACCAAUUUUUACAGCUGUGCUAGGCUACCGGGUUUAAAGCAUCACAUUUAGAUGUUAUGCGGUUCACUCUAAAUUACGGUGAAGAUGCUUUCUCAAUAAUUAGGAUAUGGACUUAAGAAGUAUCACGGACCAGUCUCCUCUGGUCCAAGCUAUAUUCAGCCGAAACGCAGAAGAUGUUACGUUUUUGUUGAACCACAACGAAGAUGUCAACGCACAGGACCAAGAACAGGGAACACCACUCCAUGCUGCUGCUUAUUUGGGUGAUGUCCACAUUAUGGAAAUACUUAUUAGCUCAGGAGCAAAUAUUAGCUCUAAAGACAUUGGGAUGCUCACUCCUUUACAUCGAGCGGCUGCCUCAAGAAACGAAAGGGCUGUGGAGCUGCUGUUAAAGCAUAAAGCAGAGGUCAACUCAAGAGACAAAUUCUGGCACACACCCUUACAUGUGGCAGCAGCAAACUGGGCCACAUCCUGCGUUGCAGCACUGAUACCACAUGUUUGCAGCCUGGAUGUUACUGACAAGUUGGGAAGAACACCGCUUCACCAUGCGGCACACAGUGGCCACAGAGAGAUGGUGAACUUACUCGUGUUAAAAGGUGCCAGUGUAAAUGCCAAAGAUAAGAAGGAGAGGCAGCCAAUUCACUGGGCUGCACACCUCGGAUAUUUGGAGGUUGUGAAACUGCUGGUUUCUCAUGGUGCAAGUGUGACAUGCAAAGACAAGCAUGGCUACACUCCACUUCAUGUUGCAGCUGUCAGUGGACAGCUCGAUGUGGUCAGCUAUCUGUUGAGACUCGGGGUUGAGCCUGAUGAACUCAACAGCUUUGGGAACACGGCCCUUCAUAUGGCCUGUUACACAGGGCAAGACAUUGUAGCCUCUGAACUGGUGAACUGCGGCGCCAACCUUAACCAGCCAAGCUACCAUGGCAACACACCACUGCACAUGGCUGCUGCUUCUUCCAGUGGGGUGAUGUGUUUUGAGCUGCUAGUCAACAACGGUGCUGAUGUCAACGUGCAAAACAAAGAUGGGAAGAGCCCUUUGCAUGUAGCUGCUAUGUAUGGACGCUUCACAGGCUCUCAGAUUCUGAUUCAAAAUGGUGCAGAGAUCGAUUGUGAGGAUGUGGAUGGAAACACUCCACUUCAUAUUGCUGCUAAAUGUGGGCAGGAGUUACUAAUCAGUACUUUAUUGACAAAUGGUGCCGACAAAUGCAGACAGGGGGUUCAUGGGAUGCUUCCACUGCAUUUGGCAGCUCUCUGCGGCUUUCCAGACUGUUGCCGCAAGCUGCUGUCCAGCGGCCAUUUCUACAACUCCAUGCCUUCUGCAGUAGGCAGCCCCCUCUCAACUGAGGAGUUGGACGUAAACCUCUCAGAUGAUCACGGGAGGACCUGUUUGCAUGCAGCUGCCUCUGGGGGAAAUGUAGAGUGUCUGAAUUUGCUGUUAAACAACGGUGCAGAGUUGGACAUAAAAGACAUUUUAGGAAGAUCUCCUCUGCACUACGCUGCAGCAAACGGGAACAGCCAGUGCACCGUCUCCCUGGUAAGAGCCGGUGCCGUGGUCAACGAUGCCGACCUGAUGGGCUGCAGCCCUCUCCACUACGCUGCAGCGUCACACGCCUUCUGCGGAGGGGAAACCGGCUCUGGUUCAAGUCUCAGUGAGGAGAAAGAACAUGAAGCUUAUCUGUGUUUAGACUACCUGCUAGACAACGGUGCCGACCCCACUCUGAAGAACUGUCGGGGUUACAGUGCCGUGCAUUAUGCAGCAGCGUGUGGGAACAAACAGCAUCUUGAGUUGCUCUUGGAGAUUUCUUUUAAUUGCCUUGAAGAAGCUGAAAGCAACAUCCCAGUCAGUCCUUUGCAUUUAGCUGCUUAUUAUGGUCACUGUGAAGCGCUCGGACUGCUUUGUGAGACUUUAGUGAGUUUGGAUGUUCGGGACAUUCAAGGGCAGACUGCCCUCCACCUGGCUGCUCAGAGGGGCUUUUCUCAGUGUGUGGAGGUGCUGCUGGAGCACGGCGCCUCCUACUCCCUGAGGGAGCACAAACGCAGGUGGACGGCUCUACAUGCUGCAGCUGCUGAGGGCCAGGUGGACUGUCUUCUUUUACUCGUCAACUGCAAGCAAAGUGUAGAUGUCAUCGACAGUCAGGACACACAGGGACGAACGGCUCUCAUGCUGGCUGCUCUGGGAUGUCAUACAGACUGCAUUCACAUCCUCUUAGAGAAAAAAGCAAAUCCUGAUGCAGCAGAUAAAAAAGGCUUCACUGCCCUUCACAGAGUUGCCAUGUUGGGCAGUGAUGAGGGUGUGUCUGCUCUGUUGGAGCACGGGGCUUCUGCUCUGUGCAGAGACUUUCAGGGAAGAACACCGCUGCACCUCGCAGCAUCGUGCGGUCACACGAAGCUGCUCAGCGCUUUGCUAAAAGCUGCCAAGAAAGCCGAUCCUCUGGACUCCAUGCUGGACUUCAGGAGCUACACACCUACACACUGGGCCGCCUAUCAUGGGCAUGAAGGAUGUUUACACAUUUUACUUGAAAACCGGCUUUUUAACAGCCAGGAAGGGAAUCCGUUCACUCCGCUACACUGUGCUUUAGUCGGUGGAUUUGAUGGUGCUGCUGUUCUGCUGGUAAAGGCUGUUGGGCCUCAAAUUGUCAACAUUAAGGAUUCAAAAGGAAGGAGUCCGCUGCAUGCAGCUGCGUAUUCAGGAAGUGUUGCCGGCCUGCAGCUGCUGCUGACCUGCGGAGCAGAGAUUAAUGCUGUGGAUCACUUUGGAUGUUCUGCCCUGAUGGUUGCUGCUGACUGUGGACAGACUAUGGCUGUUGAGUUCUUGCUGCACAAAGCGAAUCCAGACCUGACCCUGGUGGAUGCCAAUAACAACACAGCUCUUCACUUAGCCUGCAACAAGGGUCAUGAAAUGUGUGCUCUGCUGAUCCUGGGAGAAAUCACAGAUUCUACCCUCAUCAACGCACGAAACAACGCUCUUCAGAUGCCCCUUCACAUUGCUGCAAGAAAAGGCCUAGCCACUGUGGUGCAGGUGUUACUGACCCGAGGUGCAGCCGUCAUGGCUCUAGACGAGAAAGGACUCACGCCAGCUUUGGCCUGCGCGCCAAACAAGAACGUCGCAGACUGCUUGGCCCUGAUCCUCUCCACCAUGAGACCUUUCCCUCCCAGAGAAGCCGACGCCGCUACAGCCUCCCACUUCCUCAAGAACUGUGCUAUUUCUGCUACCUGUGGCUCUAAUGGGAAUCUGUGUCAUGCCUAAACGGUGGGACUCUCCAAAGGGAAAAUCGAUCAUUUGUUGAAAGCCAAAAAAGUGUUAUUCAGUCACACAUGGAGGCAAUUCUCCCACAUCUAGUCUUAUUAUUAUUACUAUUAGCAAAAGCUUCCUGGUAUUUACUCUGGUUUGUGUUGUGAAGCACUAAUCAUCAGAACUUUGUGAGGAUUUUUAUUUCACUAUAUAAGCUAAUUUUACUCCUUUACGCCAGUAUUGGCUUUAUAUUAACAAUAAUUGCAUAAAUUUGGUGUAAUUUCCAUUCAAAGCAUUUUAAUCUUUUCCAAAGAGAUGUCACAGUUAAGACUGUAAAGGUGCUUUUAUUUUGAAAUGAUGGAGCCUUCAGACAUGGGAUAUACAGUCAACAUUAUGUAUAGUAUUCCUACACAAAUACUACAGCUUUGAAGUUUGGCUCCAAGUUAUGUUUUACACAUAUGCAGUAAUGUGCCUAUAAACAAUUGAUGCAAAGGGAGGGAACGCUCAACCUGGAGAUGAAGGAAAUCUGCUAAUGAAGAAAACUCAGGACCUUAUUUCAACAGUUUUGCUUAUUGAUUUGUGCAUGUUCGGGGGUUGGAUUGAUCUUUUCCGACUUAAAUGGUGUUCUUGAAACCGCUAUGAGUAGCAAGAAGAUGUCCUCGGUAUCCUAACUAAAGCAGGGUGUUACAUCCUGCCGUCAUUAUGCAAUCCCCCUUUAACUGAUGCUUAUUUUGGUUUUUAUGACAAUAGACUUUCCUGAUCUAAUCCUAACUCGAGAUCUAUUGUUUAACCGCUGAAUCUGCCUAGAAUGUUUCCUAUGCUGAUUCUUUUUGACUUUUUAAAGUAAUACAGGAUGGAUUUCUGAUCACAUAACAUCCCCAAAGUUUUCUGUUUUUACUAACUUCUAAGUAGUUUCUCAGAUCCCUUAAUUAUGCUGCAAAAAAGCCUCCAAAACAUGCAGGAUUAUGAAGGGCAUUGCAGUUGAUCAUAAGUCAUGUCUUCCAGAACUAAAAUUCAUUUAACACAGGUACAAAAAUCCUCACAUGCUUUACGCUCGGCAGCCUUUAUCUUUUAGGUCUUGCAUGUGUUGCACUUCAGUUAUCACAAUUAAAUGAGCUGAAAAGUGUAAGUGAAAUCUUCAGCUUUUGACUAUUUGCUAGCAAAGGCUCAUGGGAUUUUUUCCUAAAAAAGAUUUGUUUUUUGGGGGAAUCAUGUCAGGCUUCUGGUAGACAAAAUACUGGUAUAUUUUCAGCAUGGGAUGAAACAAUAACACCUUUACCUUUUUAGUUUUCCUGUCCUGUCUUAAUUGUUGCACAAAAAGCACUAAUAAGAAAGUAACCAUCAGUAUUAGCUUUCAGCAUAACAACAGCUACAGUUUAAUCUUAUAGAAAAAAGUCAUAUAGAUAUAUAUAUUUAAAUGUCUUUUAAAUGAAGUUAAGCUUUUAUGCUUCUUUUAUCUAAAAAUAAAUGCUGCAGUUGUUCAUUUAUUGGGGAUAAAACCCCUGAUCAGUUUGUACUGUACUGUAGGUGUGAGACCUCCACACCGUCUGACGGAUGCUGCUCACUAUGCUUAACUUAAAAGAGAAGUGUUAAUACUUUAGGGAAAGAAGCCAGGCCGAAAAGGGUCCAAGAAGUGUGACGUUUUAAAUUUGCCAAACUCUAAAUCUGUUGUUGUUAAGAUUUACAUGACAAGUUUCAAUUAUUUUAAAUAAAUCUUAAAUGUUUUUUUUUCUAAUAAACACCCAAAGACUUAAAAAAAACACUAAACACUAACAAAUGUUUAGCUUUUUUAAUGAGGAUUUGUGAUUCAGUAUCAUUUCUUUCAGUGUCUUGUUUGCACAACAGAACAAAACCAGAGAAGCUGAAACCAAAUCUGUUCAGUAUCAAACUCUAGGACAUUUUAACAUAACAUAUCUAUAAAUUAAAAAAAAAAAUCAAACAAACAUGCUUUUUUUCCCCGUAGAAACGAUUUAAAGAAAUAUAUCUGACAAUACACGAGUUCAUAGGAAGCCUUUUUAUAGUGAAAGUUGUUCUAUUAUAAAAAAUAUCUGCAGUAGUUGCACACAGAUAUUAAAGCUUUCUUUUUUAGCUUUCUGAGAGUAUUCUUUGCAAUUUAAAAAUAGUCACUUUAUCGAGGCAAGAGCUUAAAUAAUGCUUACUUGUUACUUUGUGUUUUGCAUUUAUUUUGCAGUGAUUACAUGAACCAACAGCUGGAACUUUGUGGUUUCUACUUGAAUGAAGACUGUUUUCCUGACUGUCCUUUUUGCAGUAGUUUGUAUAAGAGUGAACUUGAUCUGAAUAAAGCAGCAAAUAAAUCCAUAAACCCUUUAUACACGCUUGACAUUUUACACUAAAUCUUUAUUUUUCAGACUGUUGGAGCUUUAAUUUCAAAAGAAUUUGCGUUUUAUUAGCAGCAAGAAAACAAAUGCAGAAAAACACAUUAGUAAAAACGUAAUAUUAGAAGGCUUUUUUAAGAGCUAAAUCAGACUGCAGCAACCAUAAGAAUGGUUUUGCAUUUUUAUUCAAAUGCAUGGUUUGGGUUUUAUCUACUUGCUUCAUAAAGUUACUGUAAUUGAAAUUGUAAAUGUUUUUCUGUGCUUUAUUUACUUGAUUUCUUGAUUAAAUUUUCAUAUGGAAUAAAAA